GAACUGUACUAUUCAUCAACUACAAUUGUGUGUUCGAUUGGCGAUGGAAACCGAAGAAUUUCUCUCGCCAGUGAUAACAAAGUGCAAAAAAUUGCGACUCAUUUCAGUCAUUCCCUAAUUGCACAAAAUGAAUUGAAACAAAUUCAAAUUGAAAGACUGAACCAAUCAGGACUAAGUAUACUUCAGGAAUGUUCCACCCGUUGGAAUUCGACUUAUUAUAUGAUGUCAAGAAUAUUGAAAUUAAAAGACUCAUUAGUGCUGUAUUCAGGAACGCAUGCUAUACCAAUUCUUACUGCUGAUGAAUGGAUCGACUUGAAAAAGUGUAUUACUGUACUAAUGCCAUUUGAAGAAAUUACAAAGGAGUUAAGUAGUGCUACUGCAACAAUAGCUUCGGUGAUUCCAUUAAUCUAUACUCUUAAAAAUACAUUAGAAACAGAGAAGUAUAAAGAAGACACUUCUGACAACUUUAAAUUAAUGAUUACAAAAAUGAUCCAGGACCUCAAUAUCAGAUUUCAGGACAUUGAAAAUAAUAAAAUAUAUACAAUAGCUACUUAUCUAGAUCCACGGUACAAGCUCAAAUUUUUUACUGAAAUUACGAAGGAACAGGUGCGGUCAGAGAUUUUGGAAAUCUUUGGGUGUUCAAAAACUUCACAUGAUGAAGGUCCUUCUUCAUCUAAAAGAUCACGUAAUGAGCUAGCAACAACAAGCUCAAGCAACCAAUCACGCAUUCAAUCUUGUCUAGCUGAAAUAUUAAGCAUAAGUGACGAGGAAGAGCAAAAUAUAGAUUGUGCUGAUGAAGUGUACCAUCAAUUCAUUGUUAAAAAGACAUUACUAACUGAAUACAAUAGAGAGAAAAGAUUGACACUCACAGAAGAUCCACUUUUAUGGUGGAAAAAUCAUACCAAGUAUCAUAGCUUAAGUAAUUUAGUAAGACAGUACCUGUCUCCACCUCCUGGCAGUGUACCGAGUGAGCAGCUUUUCAGUGCUGCUGGGUUAAUUUAUGACCCUUUAAGAAAUCGACUUUCUGGUGAUAAGGCUGCAAAAUUGCUUUUUGUUAAAUAUAAUCUUCCUUUGCUCAGGUUUGACUAUUAGAACUAUGAUUAGGUGAUAGACAACUUCAUAUUUUGUUAUAGUUUCAUUACUCAUAAAAAUAAUUAGGAAAACGCUUGUUAUGUUAUUACAUAAUAUAUAAUAAAUAUGAUUUAAACUUAUUAUUAUAUUAUUGAUAUUUAUUUUUAAUAUUUAAACUUAUUGCAUUUUUAGUAGACUCAACUGAAAAUUGAGUAGGUAGAUAUAAUAAUAACUUACCUAUAUGACUGAUUGUCAUACCAAAUGAUAACCUAGACUAGAUAGAACCUAGAAAUAAAACCAAAUUGUCAUAUACUAUUUUUAUUUUACUUUAAUCUAAUAUCCGUAACCGAAACUAUCCGAAACUACCGGAUAAUCCGAAAUAAUUACAUAUCCGUAACCGUAUCCGUAACCGAUAUAAUUUUAUUCCUAUAUCCAUAUCCAUAUCCAGAUCCGAAAUUCCAUAUCCAUAACAUCCCUGGUUUUAACCAAACCUUUGUCUAAGGAAAAACAUGAUCAAUUUGUGAAAGGACUAUGUCUGACUACCUUAACUUAAACUGUAAUAAAUGGUAUAAUGUAAGUGGUUAUAAAAAUAAUAAAUAAAUACUGUAUCUGCAAAUUGUGUAGUUAAAUAAAAUUUGUUGAGUAUUUGUUUAAGGGGUAGUGUUGGUAUAUAUUAUUAUAUUAUAAACAAAUGACUAACAAGCUUUUAUAUACUGGCAACACUGUGACUGAUGUUUUAAUAUUUUUUAAGUCUGGUCUCCCUUCUUGUUCCGACCACUGUAAUGGCAGUAUGUCUGUUAAAUAAUAAAAAGGUUAUCUUAAAUUACAA